UCAAUUAUAUCAAUGAAAUUUUAUUUGCAAAAUGACAAUCUCAUGUCAGAAGUCAUAAGAAUCACAUAAUAUUCUCUGGCGCCAGCGCAUGUCAGGUUGCCAUACUGUUCCCUGGGCACGGUUGAUAUACGCACACAAACUUAUCUGUUUCGCACAGGCACGCACAAGCUGCUGGUGUAAAUGCGUGGUGUGUCUUGUCACCUACCCUGAGCGUAAACAAUGACCCCACUAUCUGCUUAGUACCUUCUUCGUGAGUCAGACAACAAAGUCGGUCUUGUACACCGUUGCUCGCUGUUUUAGCGUCCUGGCCCCACAAUGGCAAAUGUGGACAAUCUGGGUAGAAUUUUUAAUGGUAUAAGCAAAACACAGAAAUUAUCAGGCAAAGAAUGGAAAAUUUUGGGCCAAGAACAGGAUGGCAGCCUCGUAAUUGGAUGGGUUGUGGAAUCACAUGAUGCUUGUGAAAUUCAGGAACAUUAUUGUGUGGGUCUUUAUUUACAUGGAGAAAAUAAAAUUCAGGUACUUUAUCGUUUCAAAACUCUCAUUCAUAUUGUUCAAGCAACUGUUAAUAGUGGGCGCACAUUAUUGGGAUAUGUUAGCAAGGAAAAAGUAUAUUUAUUAGCAGAUACAUUAGAGUCUGAUGAGUCAGAUAUGUCUAGUCUGGAUUAUCGGGGUUCAGGAAUGUAUAAAGCAUACAUUGUGGAGACCUCCUCAACUGGAAAUACAGUUCCUAUAGUACUUACAAAAGCCAGUACACAACAAACAAUGAUUCAGUUUUUGUACAAAAAAAAAGAACAUUCUUCUAUAGAAAAAUUUCUUUUAUUUGUUCAUCAUAAAUCAAUUUUAUUAUAUCAAGUUCAAUUAAACAUCAUUGAAAAUGAUGAAAAGGUUUUAGAUCAAUCUUUUUCUCAUGACAUUCUGGUACGAGCUUUUAUGUGGGCCCAGUGGGAUCCAGUACAUCAGUCAUUAUACUUCAUACAUCAUCGAAAGCCACAGAUGAUUGUUGAAGGAGAUACAGAGGAGUCAUAUGACACGGAAUUGCUGCCUAUACUCUCUUGUCUUCAGUUUCAUGAUGACCUUCCUCAUGAGACUGUGCUCAAUAUACCAUUAAACUUACCUCAGUUGCCCAAUACUUCAAGUAUGCCUUGUGGAGGUUAUGAAGAUGAUCCCAUCCCUUUGCGCAUUCAUGACUGUUCUCUUGAUUUGCAAGUUGUGAGUGAUCCUAAAGGGCUGGUGUGUAUAUGCCAUCAUUAUCUUUAUCAACCUGUAAGACCUCCCAUGUUAGAAGUGGGUGGAAUUGAAGAAUCAUCAAAUACUGUUCACUUUGCAUAUUCUGUGACUCUUUUACAUCAUGGAUGUGUUUUACACUGUGUUGUGCCUGGAGUCCCCUGGUCACAAGCUCGGGUUCUGAAGCCAACUUUUAUUAUUCAUAGAGAGCAGCACAUGCUAGUCUAUGCGCCUGGUCUUUUCACUCACCUUCUGGAUGUGGGACUGAGUCAUGAGCCCUGCUGCCAUGUGCUCAUGGGACACGCUCCUCCACAAGCCUCCCAUCUGGUCCCACUGUUGCAACCAGGGGGUGGCCUCACUCUAGACCUAAGGGCUCUUGAUCUUGUGCGCUUGGUGGUAAGCCCUCGUAUGUUGCUUGACACAUUUCGCCAGGAUCCUUGCUUGAGCACCCGCCUUGCUAUUUUGCAUUACUUCUUGGUACAUGCUGGAGACAUGGAAAGUGUGGCAGAGCUUCUAGGAAUAGUUGCAGAGAAUCCUUUUGACUUGACCGUCCCUCAAAUAUUUCAAGAAGUGGUAAUAGGAGGGGCCUAUGCAUCUACUCAGAAAAAUCUGACAUCUGAAGCAAUGCCUCUUGUUACACUACUGCCUCUUACCACUAUUCAAGUUGCUGCUGAUUUGGAAGUGAAAGCUCAACGUAUCAUGACCCUAUCCCACGAAGUUUUGUGGAACACUGCUAUGAUGUUACUUUCUCCUCAACAACGGCUAGUACCAUAUAGUGUGGAUAUGUGGACACGUUUGUGGGAUCAGUUAGCACGAAGGGCUAAUAAAGAACGAAUUCGUUUUCAACCUAGUCAGGUAGCCGACAAGCUCAUGGUUUCACUUGUUUGUUACCAGGGAAUGGAUGACGUGGGAGUUGAAGCUGACCUUGCUGCAAUUGCUGGCUCUCGAAAAGGAGAUUUGCCAUUUUAUGAAGUGGAAAAUUGCACAGCAAGCAAGCAAGAACAUGUCAUCUCAGUGAAUUUGCGUGAACUAAGCAUGCAUUUAUUAAAGAGUUGUAGCAAGCAAACUCCUAUGAAUGUGCAUGUUGUUGCUACCCGUUAUGUUGCUGCUCAACUUGAAAUGUGCAAACAGUUGUGUCUCAUUCUAUGUCAGUGUGCAUCGGUUGACCCACACGAAGAGCAAGAGCGUGGUUUUGCUCUCAUUGAUCAGUUGGAUGAAGGAAGAAGACAGGUGUUAUUCUCAAUGCUCGAGAGAUUUUACUUUGCUGUAGAUUCAUUGGCCUUUCCGUUACCACAAGGAUUUACCUCUUUCUUCACUUAUCUUGGUUAUCAAACAUUGUCUUUUGAUAUGUUUUUACAGUAUCUUCAGAGACAUGUAUUUGAAUUACAAGUGGAUGUAAUGAAAACCAUUAUGGCAGAUACAGAUGACAGUCGUGAGGGUGUCUGGAGAAAGUUACGCCUACUUCAAUUUCUUCCUCGAUCUCGAGCAAAACGUCUGCUCAACCAAUGGUCUCAUCCCAUUAGUCUUAUGAUCAGGGCAAGGGAGCAUGCUCUGAAUGUUCUAUCUGGAGUGGAAGGAGUACAAACAAGAGGUUAUGCCCAACAGAGAACAAGAGGUCCACAGUUAAGUUCUAGAGGACUAGCUGCAUUCCCAUCUGCAGAUCGUCUGUCACCUUUGGACACUUUUCUUGACCUGUUGACAGCAAAAGCUAGUCUUACAGAUUUGGAUUUUGGACUACUCAUUGAAGCAACUAUUACAUCAACAGAUGAAUUUCUAGAUUAAUUGUAUGGCAGAAAGAAACAUUGGAAAUCAAGAAAACAUAAAAUCUAUUGGUACAUAAAUAGAAAACAGUAUUUUGUUCAUCCUAGUUUAAAUGUAGAUUAUUGUGAGAGUAAUGGUGUAUGUAUAAUUAUAACUUAUUUGUGGAUCUGGAAUAAACAUUGUAAUGUUUGUUCUGAGAUGUAAUAGAUAUUUUACAUUGUAAUAGUAAUAUUUCUCCAUAAAAUUGAUACUCUACUUAGGGUAUUCAUGGGGGUUAGGGUGAAAAGCCCUUGUGUUCAGUUUUCUAAGCACAAUACAUGUGAAAAUACUCAGUAUUACAGAUUGUACAAAUUUAUUUUGUUUGAAAAUUAUUUUGAUUGUAUUGAUAAUAUUUAAUGUUCCUCUUUUUUGGGUGAACAUAAAGAUUUUUUUUAGCAAUUUGUUGCAGCAAUUAUUGCUGAGAAAAACUCGAGAACAUGUUUCAGUGUUUUCCUUUCAUACAGAAGAGCAAAAUCAAUUUUUACGAAGAAAUAGAAAAAGAGGAAAAGAAAUACUGAAUCAAGUUGUACCCAAAAUAUGCUGGACAUUUCUAGCAAGUUUCUGAGUUGAUCAUCUCUUUACAAUAGAACAGAUUAAAUAGUUAUGAACAUUCCUUCAACACUGAUCUUUUUUUUAGAUAGAGAUAUAACAAUAUUAUUUCUAUAAUAUGCAUUCGCAAAAUAGUGUAUUUUCACACACACAAAUAUUUGAUGUUGCAGUUAUUUGUGUUUACAGGGAAUCAAAGUGAAAAUGUUGCAACCCUUCAAUUUCUAUUCAAAAUUUAUUACAAUUUAUUUUAAACAGCAUUCUGAAGAUAAAAUAUGUCAGUAUUCAAUUUUGUAUCAAGGAAGUCUUUGUUAUCUCUUCAAUGAGAAUAGAAAACAAAAAAUAUUUACAAGAUGCAUUGUAGUAAUCACAGAAUUAGUUAAGAAUUAGCAUUUAUUAAAGAUUUUAUUAGCAACAGUAUUAAUGUCUAAAAUAAGCAUUGGUAUUCAUUGUGUUAAAGAGCAUUUUACUUCUGCCAAAAGUAAUGCAUAUUGCGAGUAUUAUAUUAUGAAACAAGUUUGAUAAUGGACAUCACAUUGAAACGAUUAUUCUUGCAGGCAGUAGUUUUGUGCAAAAGCAAUAAUUGUAUCAUUAUGAUGUUGUGUGAAGCUUGUCAUUCAAACUUUUGUGUAUGAUUGUUACAGUUAUUUUUAUAUUAAAUGCAUUGUGAUUGUUUUUUUUGUGGACUGUAUUGUUCACCUAACCCUCAACUUCCGUUGAGGGUUUCGUGAACAAUACAGAUGCAUGAAAUAAUAUUUUUGCUCAUAAAACAUAUAUAUUUUUGUUACACAAACACAAAAAUACAAAACAUAAAUAUGUUUCUAGAAAUGGUUUAUAUUACAUAUCAUGAUUUGUUUCACCGCUAGUCUUAAUGGUACCAUUGAAAUAUAAGACCAUCAUGAAUGAUUGUGUAACAGAAAGCCUCAGUUACAAUUUAUUUAUUUCUAUGAUUAUUUUACAGAAACUUCUUAUUUAAGAUAAGUGUUAUUUGUUUAUUUUUUAACACCUUCCUUUUGUCAUAGAAAGAAGGGUUAUGAAGUUUUCAUUAAAAUAAACUAGUACUAUAAAAAAAUGUAUUAUCCCUAUGAGUGCACUAAUUGCACAUUAUCACAUAGGCAUAGAAAAUAAAUGUGUUAAUGUAAGAGCAAAGGAAGAAAAACUUACCAUGUUCCUUUUAGUCAUUUGUGAUUAUAUAUAUCUGGUUUUAACAUACUGUCUGUGAACUUAUUUUAACUUCAUUAUCCAAAAUACCAAGUAAUGAAGUAUAUAUACAAAAUUUACAUCACCACAUUUCCAGUAUUAAGAUGUUGAAUAUUUGUGAUAUUUAUAUUUUACAUGUGCCAAAUAUUUAAUUUACAAUGUAGAUUUUUUUAAUCAUUUAUUGUUAAGUUUGUUUACUUUGUUAAAACUAACUUAAAUAAUUCUAUGAAAGUUCAAAAUUGUAUUGAUGUUGGUAAUUUGAUUUUAUUAUGUCCUUGAAUUGGAUGUUUCCUGUCAAAUAAAAUGAUAAUGAAC